CCAUCAAAGCAAAGGAUGACUUGGAGGAAAGAUUCUGCUCUCAGUGAUGGCUUUCAGAUUCAGUUGGACCAAGUAGGAGGAUACUAUGAUGCAGGAGACAACGUUAAAUUCAACUUCCCAAUGGCAUUUUCAACAACAAUAUUAGCAUGGAGUGUGAUAGAGUUUGGGAAAUUCAUGGGAAGAUCAGAUCUGAAAUACGAGCUCGACGCUGUUCGUUGGGACGUGGAUUAUCUGAUGAAAGCCACGAGCGUUCCUGGGUAUGUGUUCGCGGUGGUUGGUGACCCUAAUGCUGACCAUAGUUGCUGGGAGAGACCAGAAGAUAUGGACACUUCAAGAAGAGCAUUUGCUGUGGGUAAGAAGUUCCCAGGAAGUGAAGUUUCUGGCGAGAUUUCUGCUGCCCUUGCUGCUUCUUCCAUUGUGUUUAAAAAGCAUAAUCUUGACUAUUCUUCACGGCUUCUCAAUAGGGCUAGUCAGGUUUUUGAGUUUGCUGAUAAGUACAGAGGAUCCUAUAAUGACAGCCUUGGACCUUGGGUUUGCCCUUUUUAUUGUAAUUUUGGUGGCUACCAGGAUGAAUUGGUGUGGGGAGCAGCAUGGCUGUUCAAGGCUACUAAACUCCCUAAAUAUUGGAAUUAUGGUAACAAAAACAUUCACAGCCUGAACAACUUUGAUGAAUUUGGAUGGGACACAAAGGAUGCUGGCAUUAAUGUUCUUAUUUCUAAUCCAUCUGCUAACAAGUCUUUCAUUCCCAAUGCAAACAAGUUUGUAUGUGCUGUGCUUCCUGAAUCACCUGCAGCCUCUGCCUCAUACUCUCCAGGUGGGCUUUUAUUCAAGGGAAGAGGGAGUAACAUGCAGCAUGCAACUUCAUACUCUUUUCUUUUUCUGGUUUAUGCCUCAUACUUGAAUGAAUCAAAUUCACAAAUCAACUGUGGCGGUGAUGUCGUUGCUUCUCCAAAAAGACUUGUCCGAUUUGCAAGAGGCCAGGUGGACUACAUAUUUGGAAACAACCCUUUGAAGAUGUCAUAUAUGGUGGGAUAUGGACCAAAAUUCCCUAAAAGAAUACAUCAUCAAGCUUCAUCGUUGCCUUCUUUAGAUGAUCAUCCAGUCCACAUAACUUGAAACCCUAACCCUAAUUUGCUUGCAGGUGCUAUGGUUGGAGGACCUGAUAUCAAAGAUUCUUACUUUGAUUCUCGAGUUGACUUUACUCGCUCUGAGCCUACCACUUACAUUAAUGCUCCUCUUGUAUGUGCUUUGGCUUACUUCAACUCACAUUCAUCAUCCUAG